GUGAAGACACGCACAGCACGCCAAAGAAUCAGCAGCACUGAUUCUAAUGCUCGCUGCUUUCUUCCAGGACCGAUCGCAUUGCAGACCCAUCCCACUCUCUCUCUCUCUCUCUCUCUCUCUGUCUUACACUCUGUUUCUCUGUGUCUCUCUCUUCCUUCUACUUGUACAAGCGUGUAGAUCUGGAAAGGAAGAAAAAAAACCCCUCUCUCUUUCUUUCUCCCGCUCUCACUCACUCUUUCUUUCUGUCUUUGUGUCCUGCGGUGGGAUAAGCUGUGAGAGGAUGAGCCCCUGAUCCAGCGCUGGACCCAAGUGACCUGACAGCUCAAACUAAUCUUAUCCAGUCAAGUGGAAGUUCUGAGCCGAAUCCCAGUUUCAGGAAGCAGUGGACAACAUCCAGGUUACACAGCAAAAAGUUUUGAACCUGGUUGAUCAGACCCAGUUACUUGCUACAUUCAGAGGGCCUUCUCUCCUCAGACUCAGAGAUCUGUGUGGCGGCAGUGAGUGUUCACCACCGUUCAGCCACAGCCAGAUGUACAUGGAGACCCCGAGCUGGGCAGAAACUAAACCAGGAAACGGGCUGUGUAAAACCGGAAACAUUGCUCUCUUUGGAAACGUAGUGUACAGUGGGCUGCUGAACGAUCACUUCUGGCAUUUCGGGGUUCCCCUUGUCACAAGACUGGGUAACCAGGAGGCACCAGCCCCUCCAGAGGCCAUGGCUCAGCCAUAUGCCCCGGCGCAAUAUCCCCCUCCCCCGCCUCAAAACGGCCUACCUGGCGAGUAUGCCCACCCCGGGCAAGAGUACACAGGGCCGAAUCCGGUGCCCGAGCAUGCAGCUGCCCUCACCAUCUAUACAACCACACAGACACACAGUGAUCCAACCGGCACUGAGAACAGCACGUCCGCACUCACAGCGCCCAGCAAUGUACCAGUGAGUACAUCCGCUAUUCUCCAUAUCAUGCAGGCAGAUGAGGUGGCGCAGACAGAGGGCUCCCAGCAGCUCCAGCUCCAGCCCUCAGAUUCUUCGGAGAAGCAACAGCCCAAGCGGUUACACGUUUCCAACAUUCCAUUCCGCUUUCGUGACCCGGACCUCCGGCAAAUGUUUGGGCAAUUUGGAAAAAUUUUAGAUGUGGAAAUUAUUUUUAACGAGCGGGGCUCUAAGGGCUUUGGUUUUGUAACUUUUGAAACAAGUGCAGAUGCCGACCGUGCAAGGGAGAAACUAAAUGGUACAAUCGUAGAGGGACGCAAAAUUGAGGUAAAUAAUGCAACAGCACGAGUAAUGACAAACAAAAAAGUGGCUAACCCCUACACAAAUGGCUGGAAGCUAAACCCGGUGGUGGGAGCUGUCUAUGGUCCUGAAUUUUAUGCAGUCACAGGAUUCCCAUACCCAACUACAGGGGCAACAGUGGCAUACAGAGGUGCCCACUUGAGGGGCCGGGGACGUGCAGUCUACAACACGUUCCGUGCCGCACCUCCACCUCCGCCCAUCCCCGCCUAUGGAGCUGUGGUUUACCAAGAUGGCUUCUAUGGUGCCGAGAUCUAUGGCGGCUAUGCGGCAUACAGGUAUGCCCAACCAGCCGCAGCAGCUGCAGCAGCUUACAGUGACAGCUAUGGCAGAGUCUAUGCAACAGCAGACCCUUAUCACCACACAAUUGGACCUGCAGCUACAUACAGUGUGGGCACUAUGUAAAUAAAAGGAAAAAAAGAGGGAUCAUAGAGGAGACGGACGUCAACUAAAUAGUGGACGACGAGAAGGAUUAAGGAGGUGAAACAAAACACAUAAAAAUACAAAAACACAUAAAAAGAAGGAUCCCUUCCACCAAGGCUGUGAGUUGAAGGCAUCAUAUAGUGAUGGAAACAUGAAUGACAGCCAAGCUGUGAAGCGGAGGAAGAAUUGGCCUUCACCUGGGACAGCCUGGCUGGGUGGAGGACGAGACAAGAGCUCAUCAUAAAAAAACUUUUUUUAUUUUUCUAAACUUUUUUAAGUUUGUGAUCUCAAAAAGAGUAAAAGAUGAGUGUAUAUAUAUAAAUAUAUAUAUAUAUAUAUAUAAAUCUAUAUAGCGAUAUAUGUAUGUAUAAAUAUGUUAUAAAAUGUUUAAAAAAAAACUCAGCAGAGGUAAACGAUGCAUGAAUGCAGCGCUGUUGGAGAGGGGGGUUGAGUGAGCAUAGUUGCUUUCUAUCCCCUCCCUCCUUUUGCAGACUAUCUUAUCCUGCCCUUAGACUGGGUGAAGGGAUUAGGGUAAGACAAGUUGGCUACAGCCUUUUUAGACACAAGUCCAUGCAACCUGGCUUCGACUAGGGCUCCAGUGUGUGGUGGGCCUGAGUCUUCCAUCACUGACCUUCUGCUAUGGGUCGAAAGUGACAGCUAACGCCUUGGUGGACAAAGGCUAAGUUCCUGUUGAACAGCAUUAACAUCAUAGAGAGAAAGGUCAAGGGCCUUUAGUCAUUGAUGUAGGCCUAAAAAAAAAAAAAGCUUUUUUUCACUUUACACCUCACAUUUCUCCUAAAUGUCAGUAUCAUUGGCUUCAAGCGGUUGUAUAAAUUUGACAUGCAUUUAAAAAGGAAAA